AUGGGAUACACCAUAACGAAUAUAUUGGUCGAGUCGGUGAAUUCAUCUGUAGCGUACAAUUAUGUAGACACCUGGGGCUAUGGUGAUAUGAGAUAUCCGAAGAAACUGAAAGGGAUGAUGGGUCAUUUAGUGAGACAUGAAAUUGAUAUUGGAGGCACAGUUAUAUUCAUAACACCAGAGCGAGUUCCACAUAUCGAAUACCUUUCUGUAACAUUACCAAGUCGAGGUGCAUUUGUGUUUAGAGCACCGCAGCUGUCGCACAUAUCCAACAUUUACUAUUUACCCUUUGCCGGCAUGGUUUGGAUCUGUGGAAUUCUUCUGGUCAUCGCCUGUACGACAUUGGUUUAUACAACGUAUGAAUUCUCGAAAGGGAAUAAUCAAAAAUUGAUGUCAUCCGAUUUUCUGUUAUUUGCAAUCAGCACCGUGUGUCAAAUGGGGAACAAUUUAAUUCCGAAGAGAAUAUCUGGAAAAAUUGCAACGUUUGUGUUCUCCCUUUCUCUUAUCUUCAUUUACACAUCGUAUGCAGCGAAUAUUGUCGCUCUUCUGCAAUCAACAUCUUAUAAUAUUCAAACGUUAUCCGACUUACUAAACUCCGAUAUGGAGCUUGCUGUUGAAGACACUCCCUAUUCGCGUUUCUUUUUCUCAACCGAAACUGAACCAGUUCGGAAGGAUAUUUAUGAAACAAAAAUUGCGCCACCAAAUAAACCACCAAAUUGGGCGAACGCCAGCUAUGGCGUUAGUCGAAUGCGAAAGCGUUUUUAUGCAUUUCAUAUGGAACUAGGUACUGGAUAUAAACAUGUCAAAGAUACAUUUUACGAACAUGAAAAGUGCGGUCUAAUUGAAAUAACAUAUUUACGAGUACUCGAUCCAUGGCAAGCUAUUCCAAAGCAUUCGCCGUACAAAGAAAUAUUUAAAGUAGGAUUAUUCAAAAUCCGAGAGCAUGGAAUUCAAGGAGUAGAAAAAUCUAGACGAUAUACAACCCGACCAACUUGCAGCUCACUUGCACAUAAUUUCGAAAGUAUCGGUAUAAUCGAUUGUUAUGCAGCAUUUCUGGUACUUGUGUAUGGGAUCGCAGCUGCACUGGGAAUACUCUGUCUUGAAUUUUUAAGUAACAUCAAAGCUAGGCUUCUUCGAAAAUAA